AUGCAGCAGCCGAAACUCUUCUACCCCCAGCACGAGACCUACGCCUCCCGGCCUCUAGAGCGACCUGACGGCCAGCCCGGCCGAGCCUUUCCGGCUUUCGUCCUUCCAGAAAACCUUGCCUCUGUAGGGACACCCAGUUUGUACCACCCGCCCAGUCAAGAUCUUUGUGCGACGCCCCCAGCAGGCUUCCACAUGGCGCCCUGCGGCUGCUUCUUUGACCCCAGAAUCUACCGCAUUGAGUGGGCAACGGCCAAUUUUGUCCAGCCCUCAGUGUAUAAACUCUCCAGUGGGCCCAGCCCGCAAAACUCGUACCUUCUGGACAGCCCAAAGUAUCUCAAGGGGCCGGUCCAGCCGCUGCCCUACUCCCCGUACCAGCCCGUGGCCAGCAACCCCCCCUUUGCCAUGCCCUUCUUCAAGCCAGAGGGGUCCCCCGCCAAGCUGACGGAGCACGUUGGCUUCGUUGCCAACCUGGCCCACGGGCCUCCGUUUGUGGAGGUGCCCCAUCUCCCGGGCGAGGGCCUGGUGCAGGUGGAGGACCACAAGCUGCUUGCGGCGGUCCCGAGUUCGGGUCUGCAGGAGCAGCAGCUCAGCCAAGGGGGCCCCUACCAGCAUCUCGACCCCAGCCCCAGCCUGGCCUUCCGAGCCUUCAAGACCUUCCCAGCGGAAGAGGGAGACUUUAAAGGCAGCGAGGCACCUGUGGAGCUCGGGGAGCCCUCUCUGACCCCCAGUGGCCCUCCUGAAGACCCGGCCCCCUGUGAGGGGGAAGAAGAGCUGGAGCCGUGCCUGAACCUGGGGGGCAUCAUGCCCCGGGAAGCCCCCUUGCUGGGGGAGCCGGAGGAGGCCUUCCACCUGCUGGACCAGGUUCCUCUGGAAGAUGCCAUGAAGCUCUUCGACUGCUCACCCGCCAGUUCCGACACGGAGGCGUCCCCCGAGGACCUGAGCCACGGCGGCCAGGGCGCCCCCCAGGGCGAGGGCGAGGGCAUGCGGGAGGGCGAGGACUCCUCCAGUGACAUCCGGUCCCUCAACCUGCCGGAUGAGCUGCUCUCCUUCGACUACAGCGUGCCGGAAAUCCUCAGCGCCGUGACCAGCUUGGAUUACCUCUACGACGUGAACGCCUUCGGGGAGGAAGCCCAGUGGGAGAGGAGGCGGUCCCCCCCGCCUCUCCCGAGACACGCGUCUCCUUCGGGCGUGGAGGAGAAGAGGAGGAACAUUGCCCUGACCGCCAAGCGGGGCAAAGCUGGGGCCAGGAAGCCCGAGCUGGCAUCCAUGCAGGGAGGCGACAGGCAAACUCCGGAGGCAGACCCUGCCCUGCUGGCCGUCUGA